GAAGUUUAAUGGCGCCAUACACGGAAAAUACUGUGCAAGAUUUGUGCUAAAGAAUGUAACUUAGUCUCUGGAAAAUACUUCAAUCUUUCUUUCCAAUCAACAGGAUACAGUUUUUCGAGUUGUCUCCACAAUUUGUUGUUACAAUGCGUGCCUUUAGGCAAGUUGGGGAGAAGCAGCUUCCCAAUCCCAUUCUCUACAUGGCCUGGUCCCCUAAGAGGGAUCUGAUCGCACUGGCCAACACCAAUGGCGAGCUGUUGCUGCAUCGCCUCUCCAAUUUCUACCGUGUGUGGAGUUUGCAGCCUAAUGAGAACACAGGGAAGGAGAUCACAGCUUUGGCGUGGCGGCCAGACGGCAAAAUCCUAGCCUUCAGUUUGGGUGACACCAAGAAAGUAGUUCUCUGUGAUGCUGAGAAGGCCGAGAUCCUCCAUAUCUUCCCAGUGGAGGUGCCAGUGUCCUGUAUGCACUGGAUGGAGGUGAUGGAGGAGAAUAGUGGCCUCACUUCAUUCUACGACUCAGAGGAUGAGUCCAAUCGCUUCCUUCCCAAGCUGCCAUCCCUACCCAAAAGCUACAGCACCACAACAAAGAUUUUCAGCGAGGAGAAAUCAGAUGAGGUUACAAAUCUCCUUGGGGAAGUGAGGCUAAAUAUUUUAGUGGUGGGAGGACCGUGUGGCUUUGUGGAGCUCUACGCCUAUGGGUUGUACAAGAUAGCAACUUUAAACAGGAUUGUGGGCACUUGUCGUAGCCUCUGCCUCUCAAGCGACCUCAAAUCUCUGUCAGUCAUCACAGAAAUCAGGUCCACCGAUGAUGACCCCGAGAUUCACUAUGUCCAGUUGGACACAGGGCUGCUGUCUUCCUGUUUACCGGAGCUUACCAGAAUGGCACGCAAGUUCACCCAUAUCUCCACUCUUCUACAGUACCUUCGUCUGUCUCUCACCUGCAUGUGUGAAGCCUGGGAGGACAUUCUCUUGCAGAUGGAUCUAAGACUUACAAAAUUUGUCCAGGAGAAGAACACAAGCACACAGGUGCAGGAUGAGUUCCUGGAGCUGCUCCUGUGGGGUCAUGCCAGCGCUGAGCUACAGGCUCUCCUCAUGAACCAGCUCACAGUCAAGGGUCUGAAGAUGUUGGGCCAGUCCAUAGAGUCCUCCUACUCCGGCAUUCAGAAGCUGGUCAUUAGUCACCUACAGAGUGGCUCAGAGGCUCUGCUGUACCACCUGAGUGAGGUGAAGGGCAUGGCCCUGUGGAAACAGAAGUACCAGCCUCUGGGACUGGACCCUACGGUCAUAGAAGAUGCUAUAACUGCUGUGGGCUCCUUCACCCUAAAGGCCAGUGAACUUUUACAAGUGAUUGACAAGAGUAUGAAGAACUUCAAGGCAUUUUUCCGCUGGCUGUAUGUUGCGAUGCUGCGGAUGUCUGAUGAUCACGUCCCUCCUGAGCUCAAUAAGAUGACACACAAAGACCUGGCCUUUGUGGCGGACUUCCUGGCAGAGCAUUUCAGCGCGAAUGAGGAGCUUUUUGAUCGCAAAGGGAAGUACUUCAACGUGGAGCGAGUUGGACAGUAUUUGAAAGAUGAGGAAGAGGACCUGGUCUCUCCACCCAACACCGAUGGCAACCAGUGGGUGAAGUUUCUCAAGGAGAGCUCACAUCUGAAAGAGAGUCCUCUGCUGUUUCCUACGUACCCUCAGAAGUCCCUGCACUUUGUGAAGAGGAUGAUGGAGGGUACAAUAGAACUGUGUCUUCAGAAACCAGCAGAGGUGAUUGGGAAGUCUGUGAAAGAGGCCUUGUGUUUGCCCCUCUACACUGUUCCAGAAAGCUCAGAAAAUACACCAAGACUUUUUGAGAUGCCUGCGCUGUGGAAUGAUAACAAGGCUAGUAUGCACUAUGUGGUCUUCUGCAUGCCAGAGAUCUCCCCAUCUAAGAUAUAUUUACUGAGGAGGGCGACUGACCCAUGCAGAUCUGUUCCCAAUGGUCUCAUAGCCAUUGACCUGAGUAGACCUCUGAACACCAGCGUUGAUGAUGAGGACCCAGUAACAGAAAUCCCUGGGAAUGGCGCAUACCGUUGCCUAGACGCCCGUCUCUAUGACGCCGAGACGCUGACGGUGGUCCUGCAGGGGCAGGAGGAGGAGCGUGUGCUUGCCCAGCUGCCGCUCAGCGCUGCCCUUCGCACCGAGGAAGAGUUCACCUGGGACACCAGCCUUCGGUUGGACCAGCAGAACGACUCCAUUCCGUCUCAGGGUCUGGUUUGGGAGAACCAGUGGAGGCCUCUGGACAACAUGAAAGCCCAGUUUGUGGCCGUCAAUGGGAUCCGAAAAGUGUCUUGUGUGCUAAGCUCCAACCUCCGCCAUGUGCGUGUCUUCGAGAUGGACGUGGAGGAUGAGGACGAGGAGGAAGAGGACCGACAGGAGGAGUCGCAGGACAUCACCCCCGACCAGGACACUCUGGAGGAGAGCUUGGCCAGUCAGAAAGACGUCGGGGCAAGCAUGGAGGCCCAAGAAGGCGGGGAGGCUGACCAAAGUGCGGAGAAGGGUUCCGGAGACACUCUGGAACACACCUCAGGCUCAGACACACUGUGAUUCUGACUCCAACCGGACUCUGUCUUUGUUUUUUUUUAUUAUUAUUAAUCACAAAUGUAUAAGUGCAUGGCCAUCACUUCUCUCUGGAGCCAGCUCAUACAGGAGUUGUAUACAUUAGACAGAAAAAGAUGACUUUUCAUAUGACAAUUCUCAUACCUUAGUGUUAGGUAUGUGUAUUAUGUGUUGAAUCAACAUUGUGCUGCCUUGAAAUGAACACGUUACCCUAAAAGAGCAUAAGAGGUCACUAGUAAUAGCUAUACUCAUACUUUUUUUUUGAGUGUCCAGUGUCCUAUUGCUACCAUGUGCUUUAAACCUCGUUUACACAUGAAUUGUUUUUGUCUUAUCCAGUAAUCCUAAUGUCAAACUGGGAAUUUAUGAAAAACAAAUUGUGUUGUCAUGUUUUUGUACACAAUUAAAUGUGUACUGUAAAUCCC